CCUUGCGCAACGCGGGCCAUUGCAAGAGCCAAAGACCUCCGCAGCCGACACCAGGUGGCUGCGCACGGCCCGGGAAGGACACGUCCAGCCCCACGCCGCCGCCGCGAGGCUGCACCUUCGCGCAAGCCACCGCAGAGCGCCGUGGGCAGCCUACGAGCAGCAUGAGGUCCCGAGCGUCGUCGCCGGCGCCGGAAGAACCUCUAGCAGAGACCGCGGCCGACGACGACGGCAUCGUCGACACGACCGACGAAGUAGCGCUGCUCCAAAGUGAAAACAAUAGCCUGCGAGAAGAAGUCGCCGAGCUCAAGCGGAGCCUGGAGGACGCCGAACAACGAGCAAAGGGCAUCGAUCCCAACCGACUCCAGGAGGGCGAGGAGGACAAAUAUGAAGUGUGCGAGGAGGACGACGGCUGGGUCGGCGAGGGUGUGCAUCGGAGGAAACGUUUAACUUGGGACGCGUUCUGCGAGAAGCACGAGCGGGCCGUGCGGACCGUGAAGAUGCGUUUGGAGGGCGAGGCGGCUCUGUUAAAGGACAUAAGAAGGCUGAAGGACUCACUAGUAGAAAAGUGCACGCAGCUACGGGCGGCGCUAGCCCAGGUGGACCUCGACAACCGCACGAUCAAGCAACUGCGGAACGAGUUGCAUGCGAAAGAUAAGAAUCUGAAGCUCAUGGAGUCGAAGGAGGCCCAGACGAAGAAGCUCCUCGGUACUCUAUCCAAAGAAUACAAGGACUUCAAGCAGGAAUUGCGGGAGCGCGACGAAAAUACCCAAAAAAUGAUCGCGGAGCUUAAUUAUCUGAGGGACAAGGAGGCCAAACGGCAGGAAAGAAGACGGCAGCGCGAAGAAAGCGUGCGCUUCGGUCCGGAGGAAUCGGUGAGGAGCCCGGCCCGGCCUUCUGUAACAGGAGGGGACACGCCGUUCAUGGAGUGGAAGGCGUCGCUGGCCGGGCAAUUGCAACCUCUCAAACGGGACUUCGACCCGCACCCUCCUGGUUCGCGCGAGGCGGCGCGGGCGAAGCGGCUGUGGAGCACGCCGACGCCGGGGGGGUUUAUGCGAUUUUAGCAGC